AGUUCCGUAAAGAGUAUCGGAAACCGUGCAGUCUGUGUUUUUGCUCCUACAUAAUUUAAUAAUAAAUGUACUUAAAUUUUGUAUGAAUCUAGUUGAUAGGUUUGAACAUAUGUUGAGUUUUGACCAUAAUUAAAAGAAGGCUUACGUUUCGAACGAAAAAUGUCAGAGUCAAUAGAAAUACGGACAAUUAUUGGAAACAGGAACAUAAAUGCGGUAACUGACACUCCUGUAACAGACCCAGCAUCUUUGGCAAAGGGUUUAGAUGGGAGUAAUGCGUUCGUCUGCCAAAGAUCAAAAAUGGAUACAAAAACUAGUGCAUUGAAAAAAUCUAGUCGGUAUAGAAGUCGUUCACUUUCGGCAUCUUCAACAGAUUCGUAUAGUUCAGCGUCUUGUACAGGAAGUAGCUCAGACGACGAUGACGUUUCACCCAGGGAGAAGGUCCAGAAGAACUCUGGUGGUCUGUCUGACUUUUGUGUACGUAAUAUCAACCAACACGCUUUUGGAAGACGUGAAAUAGAAAUAGCUGAGCAAGAAAUGCCUGGUAUAAUGGCUUUGAGGAAGCGUGCCGCCGAGGACAAACCCCUGAAGAAUGCUAAAGUUGUAGGUUGUACUCAUAUAAAUGCCCAAACUGCUGUACUUAUUGAAACCUUAGCAGCCCUGGGUGCUAGUCUUAGGUGGGCAGCGUGCAACAUCUAUUCCACACAGAAUGAGGUUGCUGCUGCUUUAGCAGAAGCAGGUUACCCAAUUUUCGCUUGGCGUGGUGAGACUGAGGAAGAUUUUUGGUGGUGUAUAGAUAGGUGUGUUAAUUCGGAGAAUUGGCAGCCAAAUAUGAUUUUGGACGAUGGAGGGGAUGCUACACAUUUAAUGUUAAAAAAAUAUCCCGCUAUGUUUAAGCUAAUUAAAGGAAUAGUAGAAGAAAGUGUCACUGGUGUGCAUCGCCUCUACCAGCUGUCCAAAGGUGGUAAACUUACCGUCCCCGCUAUGAAUGUCAACGACUCCGUGACAAAAACCAAAUAUGAUAAUUUGUAUAGUUGCCGAGAAUCAAUUAUUGAUAGCUUAAAACGAUCAACUGAUGUUAUGUUCGGUGGAAAACAAGUGGUGGUGUGUGGAUAUGGUGAAGUAGGAAAAGGAUGUUGCCAGGCACUAAAAGGAUUUGGUUGUGUAGUUUAUGUUACCGAAAUAGACCCAAUUUGUGCAUUGCAAGCAAGUAUGGAUGGUUUUCGAGUAAUAAAAUUGUACGAAGUAAUUCGUAAUGUCGACAUAGUCAUAACAGCCACUGGGAAUAAAAAUGUAGUCACUAGGGAACAUAUGGAUAAGAUGAAGAAUGGUUGUAUUGUCUGUAAUAUGGGCCAUUCUAAUACAGAAAUUGAUAUUAAUAGCCUAAGAACACCGGACUUAACAUGGGAAAAAGUCAGAUCCCAGGUGGAUCAUGUAAUCUGGCCAGAUAGUAAACGGAUAAUACUUCUAGCCGAGGGUCGUCUAGUCAACUUGAGCUGUUCUAGUUUACCUUCUUUCGUUGUGUCUAUAACAUCAGCAACUCAAGCUUUGGCCCUCAUCGAACUUUUCAAUGCUCCCCAGGGACGAUAUAAAUCCGAUGUGUAUUUACUGCCAAAAAAGAUGGAUGAAUAUGUUGCCAGUCUGCAUCUGCCCACAUUUGAUGCUCAUUUGACGGAAUUAACUGAUGAACAAGCCAAGUAUAUGGGGUUGAACAAAGCAGGACCUUUCAAGCCUAACUACUAUCGGUAUUAACACGAUCUAUUACUUUACCACUCGUAAACUAGUAAGUCGAGUUAAUGUUGUUGCUGGUUUGUAUAGUAGAUCCGAUGAAACAUCACACCAGUUUUUUAGAAGCAGAAAGCUGUAGUAUAUUUGAAUCUUUCCACGUUUCCACGCUAAUAUUUCGGGAAUUGAACAGUUGAAAAUUUACAUUUUUGUAAUUAUUUUGUACUUUCGUUUGAAAUUGUCUCUAUUUGUCAAUAGCGGCUUGAUGGAUAUGUAGGGGAGAAUUAAAUACGUUAAAAAGAUUAUUUUACAAGGUGAAACGUAAAUUUAGCCUCAAAAUAUCUAGGCUUGUCUAGGCUUAGUUAUUUUGGGAUAUUAGAUGAUUAUAUACGGAUAUAUGUCACAAUAAUGUGAACAAUAACAAGAUAUACAGUAAAGAUUUUUUAAAUUGUGACCAGAUUAACCUUAAGGUCAACUUUUGCCUACAUAUUCAUGUUCGUUUUGCCUAAAUUAGAUCUUAUUGGUAAAAUUGAUAACUUUUCUAUGAUGCGCACAUUCUAUGUACUACUGUACCUGCUUAAUGAAUUCUUAACGAGAAACGUACCGUAGCAUAGAUGUGGGGAUUUAAAAAGACGUAUCUUUUUUACAGAGCUGGGAAUUUUUUUUGCAAGGCUUCACAUGGGCAUGCAAUGUACUUAAAUAUUCUUCUUUCUGCUUCUUUUGCCAUAGCCAAAUGUUCAAUGUGGUUGUGGCGAUGUGAUCUUCUUGUACCAAUCGAAUCCCAGGCGAUUUUUAUAAUUACGUUUUUUUUUACGUGAAAAUCUGCGUUUUAUUUAUUUAUUUAUAUUGUGUAUCUAUUAUGCAUAUUCAGCUUCAUCGAUUUUGCGUUAUCAGUCAGUCUGAGAUAACACUCGACCAAAACUAUCAGGUACUAAAAAGAUACGAAUAUUAGGGACAAAUGACAUAAACAACACAGGUUGAAAUAAAGAUAAAUCUAUUAAUUUAACGUAUAUACAAUAAAUAAAAAUAAGAUGUAUUCUAUGUCUCCGUCUGGAUCCCGCGAUGAGUGAACUCCCCGGCGAACGUCUGUAAAAGACAAAAAAUUAUUAUUACUAACAAAUAAAUGAAAUACGCGAAGUCGAUCGCACGCAGACUUAUACUCGCUUCCACCCCAAUUCAGCGGAAGCUCUGAACGCACUCGCAAACAAAACAUUCGAUUGUGCAGAUCCACGGUAAUGUUUAAUUCACAAUACCGAUGGGCUCUGCUUGGUUAACGACAGAGCACGAUCCUCAAUACGGAAAUCUCUCUGUCUGGGUUGGCUCGCAGAUUCACUACACCAGCGAGCCCGGGAGUCUAGAGCGCUAGCCACAAGACUAUUUAAUUCCGCCAGUCGCUCGCCUUAAAUAGCCGUUCCGAAUCCCACUUCGUCCUCUCGUCGUAGAAGUGGAUGCGCGAAUAUCGACACUCCCACGGUUCGAACUGUUGAACGAUCAGUACAUCAUUACAAUAUAACAAAAAAGGUGAUAUGGGAUGUGAUGAAUAUACAAAUCAACAAAAAAUGGAAACAUAUCACAGGUCUACAAACAAAAAACUAUUUGAAAGAUGUUUUAAAUUUGACAAGUGAUUUUAUAUAAUUUUGAUGCGCUGAUUCCAAAUCUGCAAACCAUUUUUUUCUAUCACGUAAGAUAUUUUAGCAAAUUAAAAAAUAAAAAAAAGCACUAAAUGUGCUUAUAAAUACAUUUAUUAAUAUAUUUUAAAAAUAAGAGUAAUGCUCAAAAUAAAGAAAACUACAUAUUUUGUAUGCACAACUUAAUGAAAUCUUUUCCUUUUUGUCAAAAAACUGCGUUUGGUAGAAAUGUUUCUAUAAAUUUUGUCAGGAUUAUCACGUUGUAGCAUCCAACAGUAGCCUGCCAUCAUGGAUACGGUCCAUUUACCCUGUUAACGGCUUUCCAUCUGUUAAAUGUCUUCGUGGAAACGUUCCCCUUGCUCUUCGCUAACAGCUCCAAGAUUUCCUGGAAAUUGGUCUAGAUGAGCGAAUAAAAAAUGUACUUUUAAACUCAUAUUGCAUCCUAGAAUACGAAAAUUUUGUAGCAUUUGUGUGACAAUGUUCUCAUAGUCUGGAACUUUCUUAUUUCCCAAGAACAUCAAACCAAAUUUUAUAUGCAGAGGGGGCAAUAAAAUUCUUUCACGAUCAACUAAAGCAUUGUCUUUUAUGUUUUUACUUUUUGGCGUAAGGUUUUCUCUUGUGGGCCAUUCUUUUGGUCCAAUGUUUAUCUCGUGCUCGGCUGUCUCAUUCACAAAUGAAGCAAAGAUAUUUAGUAUAACCUGACUGUUGCCCAAGUAGCAUACACAGAACUUUUAGAUCUCCACAAAGCAUCCAGUUAUGGUCUCGGUAUUUAAUUUUUUCUAAGACAAGUUCCAAGUUUUCGCAUGUAUCUUUAAGGUAAACAGAAUGAGCGACCGGAACAGAAGCCAGUGUAUUACCAUUAUGCAAUAAAACACCUUUUAGACUACUUUUGCCAGAGUGAAUAAAUAGUCACCAUUCUUCCUUUUCAUAAGAGGCAGCUCCUAGCUUAAUAACUAAGUCGAAGACAUUGUUGCAAUAUACUAAAGAAUCUUCUUAAGUAAAAUAUGGACUCAGGUCCUUUUCUCAAUUUCUGUAGAAACUGGUUGAUGUAACUGGAGCCAGCAAAUUUUUAUCACGAAGUCUAGAGGCUAGAAGUUCUAAGGCAUCUUUGGGAAGAUUUAAGUCUCUUAUUAAAUCGUUUAAUUCCAUUUGAUUAAAUAGUUGUGGUCCUUCGUCUGCUUCAAAAGUAACGUCGGGAUCUGUGGACUCAAAUGCAGACUGUUGUGAAUCACACGAUAACACAUUAUCUAACACCUUUGGUGGAAUAGGUAUGGGUACAUCAGGACCAUGAGAAAUAGGCCUAAUAGCAAAUGUUAGUUUCGGGUAUAAGAUACUUUUUUUAUUCUUACCAUUAAAUCCCUUUAAAUCGCAGGAACAAAAAUAGCAAUCAUCAGAAUGGUUUUGUCGCUCACACCAUGGGAACUCCAGAACUCAAUGACUCCACAAAAUAUGUGGUGCCCAAGAUUUGUCUUGUUCUCCUAUUUUCACUCCAAAAUAGGCAUAAUACGCAUUACGAACAAAUAAGUUUAUGUUAUAUCUUUGUUUUGCAACCAGAAAACUGCCACAAAUAUAACAAAAGCAGUCUGCAUUAUUAACAGAAUGUUUCCUUUCCCCAGCUCGAAAAAAGGAUAGAAUAACAAAUAAAUAGCACUAAUUCGAAACACAGCCAUAAACCUCCUCGAACUUUUAAAAACAAACAACUGAUUUUGAUGCGUUUAUUUACGACUGGGAGAGGUGCAGCCGCUUACAGUGUUGCCACAAUUCAGAAUUUUAUUAAAGUAUUUUUGGACUGAACUGUUUGUGCCAUAUAUUUACACUAAAAACCGUUUUAUCUAAUUUUAUAUGUAAACUUUUCGUAUAAUGAAGGAAUUUUUAUAAGAUCUCGAUUUGCAAAAAAUUGGAAGGUGAUAGAAAAAAAAUAAUGUCAGUUUCGGAUUCAAGAGGUCAAAAUUACCUAACAAAUUAUGUUUAUUUUAAAACAUCAAAUUCAUUGUUGACCUGUUAUUCACAAUAUUCCGCAUAUACGAAAAAAAAAAGCCAAGAAGUGAUGGAGGUAAACUACCAAAAUUGUGGUUUAUUCCCAUUAAAUAUAGUACAUAAAAUAGACAAGGCUUAAGAAAAUGGUUUCAAAACCUAAUUAAAAUGAAGAUUGUGAUGAAUAUGCAUAUGAUAGAUACUGUUCUACUUUUAAUACUUUUCUCAAUGAGUUUGCAUAAACCUACCCUUUAUCCACUAUCAAUAAACUCACUUGCCACAAUAUUAUAUGAUAGUGUCGGUUAUAUUAUCAGUAUUCUUAUAUGUUCAGAAGCAAUGGCAAAAAACACCAAGAAUCAAUGACGCUUAAUAUAAAGUUAAUCAAUUUUUACAAUUUAUAACACUGAAUCUGUUGUAGGUUUAGAUUAGUACUGACACUUCAAUUACCUAUAGAGUAAAGUUUACCUAGAUAUGAAACCAUAAGAUUAUACACUUAGGCGCCAAAAAACCUUCACCUGAACGUUUUAUGUGAGAUUUAUAAAGAAUAAGAUUAUGUAUAUUGCUCGCAAAUUUUGUUCUAAAACAAAAAGACCAGUUGUUAACAAACAAAAAGAUUCUGAUAGUAUAUAGAACACCAUAAACCAAAAUAGUUUUAAGUUUAAUCAAAAAUGUGAUAAUUAACCACGCUAACAUAAUUUUUAUAUAGAAAUCUUUUUAAUAAAAUCUGUUAGGUAUGUGUUAUUGUGGGGCUUAAGUGUAUAUAUAGAAAGAAGCAUGUCAGGGCAAUUAAGUUGUAAACAGUAAAAAGUUAGGUGAAUUGUUAACUAAUUGUAAAGGGAUAUGAGUUGUACCUAUAAGUAGUUGUGUAAUAAAAAUAUUUUUUG